CACUGCGCCACCAGGGAAGCCCCCCAUAAUUCAUCUUUAAAUGUUUGUGUUUCCAAUCAUUUGGGUUGUUUUCAGUGUUUUUUUUUCUUUUUUCUUCUAAUUUUUUCUUAAUUGAAGUAUAGUUGAUUUACAAUGUGUUAAUUUCUCCUGUACAGCAAAGUGAUGCAGUUAUACAUAUAUAUACAUUCUUUUUUUAAUAUUCUUUUUCAUUAUGGUUUAUCCUAGGAUACUGAAUAUAGUUCUCCAGGGACUUCCCUGGCAGUCCAGUGGUUAAGACUCCUCACUUACAAUGCAGGGGGCGUGAGUUCGAUCCCUGGUUGGGGAACUAAGAUCCCCCAUGCCCUGUGAUGCAGCCAAAUAACAAAAACAGAGACAAAAAAAACGUCAAAUAUAGUUCUCUGUGCUACACAAUAGGACCUUGUUAUUUAUCCUUCCGUGUUUCACGAUGAUAAACAAUUACGACUCUGCACUCAGUUCAGUGUGGGGCUUGCUCCCCACACCAGCAAGCCAAUCUCCAACACCAGCUGGGCGUCCUACAAGUCAGCUCAGUUCUGGCAUUAUCCCACAGGUUAAGGACUCAGUCCUGCAAGACUGCCACCUUUUACCCACCACCCCCACUUCAGAUUCCAAUCACAAGCCCAGGUUGUUAACCUGUGCUUCUGACCAACUGGCUAUAAAUCAGAGGUUCCCAAGACCCCCCUCCUCGGGUUGGAUUAAUUUGCUAGAGCAGCUCACAGAACUCAGAGAAACGUUUUGCUUACUAGAUCACUGGUUUAUUACAGGAUGUAACUCAGGAACAGCCAGAUGGAAGAAACACAGGCACAGGGCAAGGUGUGGGGAGAGGGCCCAGAGCUUCCAUGCCCUAUCCAGAAAGUGUUCCUCUCCCCGAUCUCCACGUGUUCACCAACCCCGCAGGCUAACUAUAGAUUGAGACCAGGCUGGGACCGGGUGGCCUGACCCCUACUUCAAGGCCACUUCCUCCAGUCCCAUUUCCACCUGGUGCUCUGGCCCCACAGAAAUCCCUCCAGAUUGCCCCCAGCCCUCUCCUCCCUCUUAGCCCUGACGUGGGCCCUCCCCUCUGCCUGUGAUGACUUCCCAACUCAGCUCUUCACUUGACCAAACCCUGCUCUUGUACAAAGACUCAGCCCCAAUGUCACCUCCCACUAAGAGACAGAUGCUUCCUCAGUGCCCUCACCGCUGCAGCCCACUUCAUGUAACUCUGCAGUGACCUUCCCAGUCUGCCUCCUCACCACAGUGUAAGCUUGGCCAGGGCUGGAAGAGGCUGUUUGCCCUUGGAGUCCCCGGUGCUGGUCGAGCCUGUGGUCCUGCCUGCAGGAAGCCAUAGGUGUUGGGUAAACACCUGCAGGCAGGCAGGGAGUUGCUUCAAGAUGGUGAAUGAACACGGCUUCAGUUCUUGAACCACACAGGAGAGGAAAGCGCGGAGCAGAGAGACUGAUGUCCACUGAGCAGCAAAAACACCAAAAAGGUGGAAACCCAAAUGUCCAUCAGCUGGUGAAUGGAGAAACACACUGUCAUCUAUCCAUAGAGUGGAAUAUUAUUCAGCCACGAAGAGGAAUGGAAUAUGGACUUUGGACGAUUAGCAUUGUGUUCAUCAACGCCCCGGAGCCCGUCACCAUCACCACCUGUAUCAGCGCCUCGGGGGGCCACGGAGCCAUCCUCACCUAGUCCUGCCCCCUGGGAGGCUAUGAGGCCUUUGAGUUGGAGGUGGGCAGGCAGCGGGACUCCAGGACGUUCCUCGUGUGGGUGUCGGGACUCAGGCCGGCUCAGUCCUGCUUAGCCACCAUCACGACCGUCUGGGAUGCAAUGAGGGCCCAGUCUGCCUCCGUGACCUGCCACACCGAGAGCACAGGGGCCAUCGUGGGAGCCAUGGUCGGUCCCCUUCUGUUUCUCAUCCUGGUGGGCCUGCUGGUUUUCUUCCUGAAGAGGAGGCAUAAGAAGAGUGAGAAGAAACCAGCACCCAGGGAUCUGGCGUUCAGGUGAGUGGGUUUGGGGAGCAUCCAAAAGACUCACUGUCAGGCCAAAUCCGGCUGGUCACUGUAUAGGUCAGAGGGCAGGGCCAGGGAACCCACCCACAGCAGCCUCAGGUCCCCACUGCAGCAGGGGUCGCAAUGCCUUCACCGCUGCCCACUCCCUACGCAGCCUGGGCCGGAGGCUGUGGAAUCUCUUUCCGUCUCAGUUCUGGGACUUGCACUCAUUUAUCCAAAAAGACAUUCACUGAACCCCUGUUAAGUGUCAGGCACUGUUCUAGGUGCCGAGGAAACUGGCUGAAACAAAGAUUCCUGCCCUUGUGGAGCUUACG